UUAGCAAAGUCACCUGACUGGGCGCUCCCGGAAGGGUCUUUACACGCCGGGUGGUGUCAGGGGCUGAAAAGCCGGAUUCCGGAGCUGGGGAGGGAGAAGGAGGCAGGGGGCUGCGGGGAAGAGCUUCGAUUUAAGUGUUGCACGGCCGCCCCUUGAGCUGAAGGAGGAUGCUACGCGUGGCCUCUUCUACCGCUCUUCUCCUGCUGCUCAGGAAGGCAUUGGGGCUGCCAUGGUUUCAGUCUAUCGGCGCAGUGCUCGUCUUCUACCUCGGCUCCGGAGGAUGGAAGUUCAUGAGGGUUUUCUGCAUGACCAUAAGCAGAGAUCUCUGGGGGGCCCUGACCCUGGUGAGGGUGAAGCUUCAAGUGAGAAAGCACCUACGCGAGAGAAACACAAUCCCUGACAUCUUUAAGGAGUGCGUGAAACGUCACCCCAACAAAACUGCUCUAAUUUUUGAAGGAACUGGAGCCUCAUGGACAUUCAUGGAGCUCGAUGAGUUCUCCAAUGCAGUGGCCAACUUCCUGCACGCCGAGGGCUUCCGCUCUGGCGAUGUCAUUGCCCUCUUCAUGGAGAACUGUAAUGAGUAUGUUGGUCUCUGGCUAGGUAUGGCCAAAAUCGGGGUGGAGGCUGCCCUGAUUAACUUCAACUUGCGGCUCGAUGCCUUGGAACACUGCUUCACUGUCUCCAACUCCAAGGCAGUUAUAUUUGGGAAAGAGAUGUCCCAAGCCAUGUGUGAUGUCCACUCCUUGAUGGGGAAAUCAGUCCGCCUUUACUGCUUUGGAGAAUGUGACCCCAAAACUGUUCCCGUCGGAGCUGAAUUUCUUGAUUCCCUUUUGCAAAGUGCUUCUCGCCACCCACCAAAGGGCCCGGGCCGCAGCUUUACAGAUAAAUUAUUUUAUAUCUACACAUCUGGAACAACUGGCCUUCCUAAAGCUGCAAUUGUAGUGCAUAGCAGGUAUUUCCGCAUGGCUGCCUUGGUGCAUUAUGGGUUUGGCAUGCGUUCUGAUGACGUAGUAUAUGACUGCCUUCCGCUUUACCAUUCUGCAGGGAACAUUGUGGGCAUUGGUCAGUGUCUCCUACAUGGUUUGACGGUCGUCAUUAAAAAGAAGUUUUCUGCCUCCCGUUUCUGGGAUGACUGUGCCAAAUACAACUGCACAAUAGUACAGUAUAUUGGGGAAAUUUGCCGCUACCUCCUGAACCAGCCAGUGCGGGAAGCAGAGUCUCAGCACCGUGUGAGGAUGGCUCUGGGGAACGGGCUGCGCCCUGCAAUCUGGACUGAAUUCACCUCGCGCUUCCGAAUCCCACAGGUGGCAGAGUUCUACGGAGCGACAGAAUGCAACUGCAGCUUGGGCAACUUUGACAAUCAUGUGGGAGCCUGUGGGUUUAACAGUCGGAUCCUGCCUUUUGUGUAUCCCAUAAGACUAAUGAAAGUGAAUGAAGACACAAUGGAGCUGAUCCGUGAUGCUCAAGGUCUUUGUAUCCCCUGCAGACCAGGUGAACCAGGCCAGUUGGUUGGUCGUAUCAUUCAGUCAGACCCACUGCGCAGAUUUGACGGUUAUGUAAAUGAGACUGCAACCAGCAAGAAGAUUGCAAAAGAUGUUUUCAAGAACGGGGAUAUGGCAUAUCUCACAGGAGAUGUAUUGGUAAUGGAUGAACUGGGUUACAUGUAUUUUCGCGAUCGCACCGGGGACACGUUCCGAUGGAAAGGAGAGAACGUGUCAACCACUGAAGUGGAGGGGACACUAAGCCGGCUGUUGGGGCAAGCAGAUGUGGUGGUUUAUGGUGUGGAAAUUCCAGGAACGGAAGGAAGGGCUGGAAUGGCCGCCGUCGCUGACCCCAACAGCACAUGUGACCUCGAGAAGUUUGCAAAGGACCUUAAAAAAUCCUUGCCCGCUUAUGCACAUCCCGUCUUCCUGCGAAUACUGCCGGAGGUGAAUAAGACAGGAACCUACAAAUUUCAGAAGACAGAGAUGAGGAAGGAAAGCUUCAAUCCACAUUUGGUUAAGGAUGCACUGUAUGUGCUGGAUUCCCAGCAAGGACGCUACACCCCCCUGACCCACGACGUGUACAGUAGGAUUCAAACGGGCAAGUUCAAGCUUUGAGCCCCAUCUUGAAUGGUUGGCGGUUCUGGUCGCGGUUUCACGUGACACGGUUGGAACACUAUCAUCACGUUUGGCUGGUCGGGAGGCACAGGGCUGUCCUGGCAUGCGAUCCACCAGUAGGGGAUUUUUUUUUUUUUUUUUUGCAAACCAAAGUAUUACAUCGGACAGUAUGUCAGAGAAACGGGAUUCACGUGCAUUAAUAGUUAAAAGGGACAUUUGUGUGUUUUUUUAAAAAAAAAUUUUUUUUCUUUUCUAAUUUAUUUUUUUUAGCCGACCAUGUGAGAAAGCAAUGGCAAUAAGCUGCACAGAGUGCCCUAGCAAUUCCUCUCGUGUCUCGUACACUCCAUCUGUUUGUCUGUCCAUGCCUUUGCCUGCCUGGGAUAUGAACGCCACGACAGAAGGCGAUUUCAUGCAUGACCUGGGUUGGCUAAUGGCAUCCUGUAGUCUGAGGAUAAUCUGGAGCAUGUUAAAAUGUUUCCAUGCGUCUGGGGGAAACAAACAAAAUGUACUGUUUGGUUCUGUAGCCCUGUGGGCAGUGAAGGGAAGCCAUGAUUCAGUACCCUAAACUAUCAAGACUUGUCUCUAGUGUUACACAGGCCAGCCUAUAACCUGCAGGAACCCGGGUUUGGGCUGGCACAACAGUCCUUUAGCAUGUGGCUGGUGGGCCCACAGCCCCACCCCACCUGCAAUAUCGGCACAUUCUGUAUCUCUUCCUUCUGUCAACCAUUUUUAAUUUAUAUACUUGUGCCACCCAACUGCUUCCAAUGACAUCAGAUCGGGACAAGGGUAAAUAAGUAAUGGCUGCACACCUUGGUUGGAUUAGCAUAUCGCUAAUUGUCGCCUACCCUGAGAAAAGCCUGUUCAUCUUAAAGGAGAAGUAAACAUAUCACUGAGGCAGUGUCACUGUGUUAGACACUCCCCACUGACCAUAAUCGUUUACCUACUAUCCCAGGUGGCAGCUAGUCUUUUUUGAAAAGUGCACCAAAAUGCCAACCCUUGGUGCACCCUGAGGAAAAUGAUAGGGUGAGGCCUGGACUGGGAUUCAAAAUGGACCCUGACAUUUCCAGUACACAGAGGCCUCAACAGUCCCCUACAAUCCCACUAAAUAGUGACUGUCUAUGGCAUCUUACAGCAGCCCCUCUGGCAUUUACCAGAACCCACAGAUUGCCAGUCCGAGCCUGAUUAAGGUCACGGGCCUGUGCACUUCUUAGAAAAGAGGAAUACCAACCCAGGUUAGCAGGUAAAUGUUUAGCAUCAAUGAGGAGGAAGGGAGUCCCAAACAAAUUACAAAUUACUCCCCUAGCAACAUUUCCUUCUCCUUUAAAUUGAAAAAAAAAAAUCUACUUAUUGCACAAAAAACAUAUGAACUUUCAAACUUACAUUUAUUUAUUUAAUUUUUACCCCAAAACAGUUAUGGAUAUGGAUUUAUCCAAAAAUUGAUCUGGACCCUAAUUUGUUGGUUAUAUAAAAUAUCUGUAUAUUGGGGGGGGGGCAUAUAUCCGUAUGGUGCAUAUAGGCACCCCCUGCACUUUAAAAUGAAGUAAAAUACUGUUUUAAUUGCUGAAUGCCCCCAAUGCUACGGAGACUGUUAGGUGGGACCCAGCCUGUUCUGGGUCUAACCCUUUUUCCCAGUGCUGGUGUUGGGAGUGUUGAAUCAAGUACCUUUGGCCUGUGUAGUGUAAUAUACUGUGACUAACAGUGUGCAAGUUAAAGGGAAGGCAGAUUAUCAGGGUAGGAACAGUUACAACUGCAGUGGGAUAUAUUAAAGGGGAGGUAAGGAAGAAAUAUUACAGUAUAAAGUGGGCGUGCACCGAACCCACCCUGAAGGAUUUGGCUGAAUCCUGAACUAAAUCCAAAUUAAUAUAUGCUAAUGAGGAUUGGAAGGGGUUAACGUGUGCAGUGAAAAUUUUAUUCCCUGACCAGUUAACCCUUUCCAAAUGCUCAUUAGUAAAUGCUAAUUAAUGCUAAUUUGGAUUCGGACGAAUCCUUCAAAAAAAGCCUGGAUUUGGCCCAAACCGAAUCCGGUAUUCAGUGCAUCCCUAGUAUAAAGGGAAUAUAAGAUAUAGAUAGGAGUGCUGGUACUGUAUGUUUGUGUGGUGGGUGGGGGAUAUUUAUAUUUUCUUCUAGUUUUCGAAUAUUAGCAGUUUUUAAAUUGCCCAUAUAAUGUAUUGGACCGUAGUGAUAUAUGCCCCAGAAAGUACUAUAUACGUUGUGUGUUUAUAGCUAAUAGGUAUUGAAUCCUUUUACCCCAGGCACUAUAAGCAGCAUAGGCAGCCAGCACUAAGGAUUCUCACUGGAAAUGUUUACUUGUACAGGGGUCAGACCAAUUAUCCAGAAUGCUCGGGACCUGGGGUUUUCUGAAUAAGGGGUGUUUCCGUAAUUUGGAUCUCCAUACACUCUAUGGAGAGAAAAUGAUUUCAACAUUAAUUAAACACAAUAGAAUUGUUUUUCCACAGGUAAGGAUUUAUUAUACCUUAAAUAGGUAAAACUUUUAUUACUGAGAAAAAGGAAAAUAUUGUUGAAAAAAUCAAUUUUUUUGAUUGAAAUGGAGUUUAUGGGGCAUGGCCUUCCUGUGAUUUGUAGCUUUCAGGAUAGCGGGUUUCCGGGUAAUGGAUCCCACACCUGUAUCUGCAAGGGCAGAAAGCUACCAUCCCUUGCCUGCACAGGAGCUGGACAGGACUUAAUAGACUACUGCACCAUGUCUUUCUCCUUCCUUAAAUCUACCAUGAUCAUGAAGUUCAUUGACCAGAAUACCAAGCUCAUAGGUGGCUGAAAUCUCCCCAGUCCAAGUGCUGCUUUUACUGUAUCGCUUUUAGAUCCAAUCAUUUUUUAUCUUUUUUUUUUUUUAAUACAUAUUAUGUCUUCUCCAGAAGGAGGCAGUGUUGAGCUGACACCUGCGGCAGCUGUAAACUUCAUUACUAGGCACAGAUGGCAAAUAACUGGAGCCUUCAGCUGUGCCUUCAGUGCCACAAACCUCAUUGGGCAGGUGUGUUAUUAACCCUUUGUGGGACUUUUUAAACAAGGGACUGUGGGUGAUACAAUGGAAGUACCGUGGAAACAUGGCCUUGCUGCUAAAUAGCUGUAGUAGAAAGGGCCACAAGGCUGCAAAUGAAAACUGCUUCCUUUUGAAAUCUUGUUUUCCUAACAAGGGUGGGACACAUUGCUUAUACAGCUGUAAAUGUUACAAGCAUGCACCCGUGUUUCCAUUCUGCACAUGAUAUUCCUACCUUCUAAAGAUUUAACUUCCAUUUAUUGGCCUGGCAGAGCACUAUGAGGUGUAUUUUUUUAAUUAAAAAUUUAAAUUGCAUUCCAAUACCAUCCAUUCCAGUCUUGUUGUAAAGCUUUAGACUUUAUAGGACUAUGUCGCCCAUUGAUAAAUACAGCUUGAGCAUUUACAUGAGUGGGAGCAGCCAUUUAGAUUGGCUACGACAACGUGUUCCCCAGAGACGGCUACAUAAUUACAAAUGUACUGUACUGUAGCAUCUUCCAGCCAUAACUAUACUACAUACAGAGAUAGGUUCAGCCCAUGUACUCUUUUUUUAAGGAAACAUGGCAGCUCCCAGUCAUGAAAAGAUACAAAUAUUCAGAGCAUAGUAAAUGGGGUAAAUAAAUGGAAGACAAACAAAAUACAUAAAUAUUUUUUCCUGUGAACGUGGGUAGAUGUGUGUUGGCUACUGAUUCAUGGGAAGGGGGCUGGAGGUAACCUUAUUGAAUGUAUAAAUGCCCAACUGGAAUGGUACAAAUCAUUUUGCCUACAUCUUGUGUGCUGUUUGGGGGUGUUCUAUCCAACAGGUUAGCCUUUGUUCUGUGGCUAUGGAAUGCUGUACGCUGGUGCGCAGCCGACACAGUACACGCAAGGACCUACUGUAUGCAAUAAAGAUUCACUGUCACUUUUGUUUGA